UCGACCUACAUACCCCUAGUUUUAACGAGACGCGGCGCAUAUAUUUUUUCUUAACGAGAUACACGCUAGUAAUUUUUUCGAUGCUGACAGAAAAUAUCAAUUCAAUUUAUUGACAAAAGUGUGGAACAGUACAUAGUAUUGAAAAGAAUAGUUAAAUAAUAGGCCGAUUGAAAUUGUUUUUAAGUGAAAGAGACAACUAAAUUUAAGGUACUUCGAAAACCUUAAACCGGUCCACCAUUUUUUACUCAACCAGCUAAAAAACAAUUAGACGAGCGGAGUAUAGAAAAAAAACAAGCCCGCUUCACAUUAUUUUUAUUCUACAUUGCCGUCACAUAGAGAAUAGCGAGGUUAAAAGAAAACGAAGCAAAACUAAUCAUGGAUAACAUUGAACAUUUGUAUAAAUGCUAUGAAAUUUUGUCUGAAGCUGGUGAUAAAGUAUCUGAGCACGUCAAAGAAUACGAAGACAUUUUGAAGGCUGUCAAGGGCUCGUCGAAAGAGAAGCGUUUAGCCUCACAAUUUAUUGGUAAAUUUUUUAAGUACUUUCCCGAUUUAUCUAAUGCAGCCAUAGAUGCUCAGUUGGAUUUGUGUGAAGAUGAUGAUAUGCAGAUACGACGACAAGCUAUUAAGGAUUUACCAAAAUUAUGCCAAGACACUGUUGGUAUUACUUCCAAAGUUGGCGAUAUCUUAGCCCAACUCCUUAUUUUGGACGAUCCAUUAGAGUUGCAGCAAGUGAAUAAUUCUUUACAGACAAUCAUUAAGAUGGAUGCCAAGGGUUCUCUUACGGGUGUAUUUACACAAAUAUCAACCGGCGAUGAGGCAACACGUGAGCGAUGCUUCAAAUUCAUUGCCACCAAACUAUUUGCCAUGGGACCCACUGUGGUGACAAAGGAAAUUGAAGAAUUUCUUAUUGAUGAAAUCAAAAAGAUUUUACAGGAUGUAACCGCGGAUGAAUUUCAAUUAUGCAUGACGAUUUUGGGUAGCACAAAAUUGGGUACAACCAUUACCGGACACGCUGAAUUAGUUAAUUUGGCAAAAGAACAAGCUGAACUAAAUGCUGAUAUUGACGCCAUUACAGUUGAAGAUGAAAUUGUUGAACGAUUUAUACAGUGUGCCACACAUGCAAUGCCAUAUUUCUCGAAUACCAUCAAAUCAACGGAUUUUGUUGUUUAUGUUUGCGAUAAACUAUUACCAUUGAGUACAUGGAAUAUGAUUGCCACAGCUGUGGCCCAGGAUCAGGUGCAGUUACGUCUAUUGAAAGUAUUUGCUGAAAUGUGCACAUACACAGAUGUAUUGGAAAAUGCCGCACAACGUAUUGACAAUGUCUAUCAAGUAUUGAGGGAAUAUAUGCCCUUGCCAAAACUCUCAGAGGAAGAAGAUGCCAGCAGCCCACCACCCUCAUUUCAAUUCUCACAUGCUGAAUGUCUGCUCUAUGCUCUACAUACAUUGGGUAAAAAACACCCGGAUAGUUUGACAUUUGUUACCGAUGCUGAAAAAUUAAAAGAUUUCCGUUCAAGACUUCAGUAUUUGGCACGUGGAACACAGGGAUAUAUUAAAAAAUUGGAAGAAGCUGUUAAAGGAAAAACCGCCGAAGAACUAAAGACUGAAGAAAAUCAAUUGAAGGUUACCGCUUUGAAGACAACAUCAAAUAUAAGCAUUUUAAUACGUGAUCUUUUCCAUUCACCGCCCAGUUUCAAACAUGAAAUUCAACUAUCCUGGGUUAAGCGAAAAAAUAAUAAAAUUGGCUCCAAGCGCCAUGCACCCAUCACUUUCGAUGGUAAAACCGAAAAUGGCAAAGAUGAGGAAAAGAAAACAAAAAAUGCAAGUGAUCAGAAAAUUUACUCACCGCCAUCCGGCAAAUAUUCGGCCAAAGUACAAAAUUAUGGUGGCGGUGGUAACAAUAAUCGCCAGCGUUCACGCAACAGUGGCGGCGGUGGUGGUGGUUUCAACAGAAAUCGUCGCAACUUUAAUAAAAAAUAUUAAAGCUGCCGCCAAAAAGGAAACUAUAAGACCACAAAUGAUAUUUUCUAUUAAUGGUGUACUAUGACGCUAUCCAUCUAAGAAUCGACAGUACACAACAAAACCAAUCAACCAACCAAGCCAGAUAGGAGAGGAGAGAGUGUUUGGAUUUUUCUCGAGUGGAGUAGUUUAUUUCAUUUUACAAAAGCUACAACAACAACAAGAACAACCAGAAAUCAACAACUAGUCUAUAUUUACUCUUCAACAUUAGGAUAACAUAAACAAAACAAAACAAUCUUUCCUUCUUCCUUACAACUUCUUAUUUAAACGACAACCAAUUGUAUUAUUAGUGAUGACCGAGAAAUGGUAAAUAUAGCUGGAUUGACAUUGCUGUCCUAUGUUGGGAACAUUGUUUACCUUGGACCAAUUAAUCAUCUAUGUGGUUUACCUUGGAGUGGUGACUGCAAAUAUCGUUUACAAUCAAGGUAAGAAUUCAAAUUCUUUUCCCAAUAAUGUGUGUGUUUUUUGUCUAAUUUCAGCCAAAAAUACAUCCAACAACUGGCAUUUGGGAAUUUCUUUUGAAAUACCAUCUUUACAAGAUUUCAAAAGUCAUCUCCUCACAAUGCUUUCGUUUCUCAACUCAAUUCUCUUGAUUUCUUUUUUUUAAUUUCUCAUCUUUACUUUACUUAAUUUUUUUUCUCUUGUGUAAGCCAUUGUAAAAAGCUUAAUUUAUAUAUGCGUAACUUCUUUAUUUUUUUUUUGCAAUUAACAUUUUGAAAAAAUGUUCACAUUUCAAUAUAAACAUAUUUGUACUCGCAAGAAACCAAAAAACACGAGGGCAAACUAAAUGAUUCCUUAUUUUUUUAACAAUUCUUAAAAACGAAAUAUGAUACGAACAAGAAAAAACAAAACUCAAUGCAAAACGUUUUCAUCACAUUUUUUAUGAUUUAAUUUUGUUUUAAUUCCUUUAUAGAAAUUUUGAACUGGUCACCACCCUUUUAUAUUUUGUUUACUUUUAAUGAAACGUUUCGUUGUGAGUUUUCUUUUUUGGUUCAUUUUGAUUUCACCGAAAAUGAAAAUUAUUAAAAAUUUGAUUUUUCUGCUCUUAAAUACAACAAAAAUAACAUUUCACAAUUAUAACGUUUUUAAUAUACAAUAACAAAAACAAUAAUUAAUAAAAUCCCCCAUACGAAAUAAAUACAUUUUAAUGAAAACAUGAAAAAUAAAGCAAUAAAACUUUAUAUAAAAAACAACAAAAAAAUAA